AUGAGACCAAAGAUUUUCGUCACGAGAAAACUGUUUGGCAAAGCUCACCAUUCUUUCAAUGAUGUUGGCUAUGACAUAACGGUUUAUUGUUCGUUUCAGCGUCCUUGGGGCUGGACAAAACUCAAAAACAAAUCGAUUAGCUUAAUCAAUGGUCUAUCGUUUACGGGCAACGUACGGACAUUGGCACAAUAUUCUCAUCAAAAUUUACUCUCCCCUCUCUCUUUUUCGCUUUCUACCUCUCUCCCUCGCUCUCUACUUCUUUCUCCGUCAUUCCCUCCCUCUCUCCCUCUUUCUAUCUCCGUCUCUUGCUCUCUCUCUCUCUCUCUCUCUCGUCCUCUUUCUCACUCUCUCUAUCUCCCUCACACGCUUUCUCUUUCUCUUCCUUUUUCUCAUUCUCUCUAUUUUCGUAUCUCCUCUCUCAAACUAUCUCGCUCUCACUCAUGUACUACUCCUUCUCUUCUGCUCCCCCGGUCUCUCUCUUCCUCUCUUUCUUUCGCUAUCACUCAUAUCCCUUGCGUUUUUGUCUAUCUAUCUAUCUAUCUAUCUAUCUAUCUAUCUAUCUAUCUAUCUAUCUAUCUCUCGCUAUCUCAACUGAAAUAUACCUGUUUGUCUCUCUCUUUCUCUCUCUCUCUCUCUCUUUCUCUUUCUCACUCUUUCUAUUUCCGUUUCUCCUCUCUCAAAAUAUCUCUCUCUCACAUGUACUCCCCUUCUCUCUCUCGACCGCCCUCGGCUCUUCAUAUCUAUCUAUCUAUCUAUCUGUCUGCUCCAUAUCUAAUAUAUAAUCGGUGGGGUACUGUUCCAUGA